GGCUAUCCAAACUCCUUGCUCCAGCUGAACGCUAAAAACUUUCAAAGCCUUUAUCUUCCGCGGCACUAUGCGGGGAAAACGUUAAGCAAAGAUGAUUUCCGUUUGAUUCAUCAGGCAAUCUGAGUUCACAGCGUGUUAAUGAAAGGUGUUCAAAGUCCUAUCACACAAGAAACGAAAACAUCGGUUCUAAAGGAUUAGUUAAUUUAUCUGAAUAAAUAUAGAAGUUACAUUCUGUGUGGAAGACAUAUUUACUGAAGCAUUUACAGAAGUAGUGUUUUUGAGUAUCUACACUAAGAACGUUCAUUUCUGUACAUAUUCGCUGUUUUGACCGAUCUUUUGGAGCUUAUAGGAACUAUUUUCUAGUUGGGUAGCUAGUUAGCUAGCAUUGAAAGAGAAAUAUAAACUUUCUGCUACAGCUCGUUUGCCAGAUGUUUUGUUGUUUGAACUGCAUCACCACUUCAAGUUGAAACAAGGACAUCAACAAUGGCUGACCUGCGGGGUGUGGCUGGGCAUGCCACGCCUCUGAAGCCUCAGCGCUCCCUCCCUGGGACCCCCGUCACUCAAGCUCUUAAAACCUUCCCCAUCGACCUGCGAACCUCAAUGGACGGGAAGUACAAGGAGAUCGCUGAGGAGCUGUUCACUCGCAGCCUGACUGAGAGUGAGAUGCGCACAGCUCCUUAUGAGUUCCCUGAGGACAGCCCGAUAGAGCAGCUGGAGGAAAGACGCCACCGUCUGGAAAGGCAGAUCAGCCAGGACAUCAAGCUUGAGCCAGAGAUCCUGCUCCGUGCCAAGCAAGAGUUUAUGAAAAUCGACAGCGCUGGCGACCUGGAGUUUAUGCAUGAGCAGGGUGGUGUGGACAGGACAGACGAUGGCUGGAUGAAGAAGAGAGUAGUACCAAUGGAGAAAGAGUACCAGCGUGUUUCAAUAUCAGGGGAGGAGAAGUGCGGGGUGCCCUUCACUGACCUGGUGGAUGCUGCUAAGUGUGUGGUGAAGGCCCUGUUCAUCAGGGAGAAGUACAUCGCCCUGUCAAUGCAGAACUUCUGUAAGACCACGGCGCGUGAGCUCAGUGAGCUGGGGGAGAAACCUCUGGACCUGCGCGUGUAUGAGGACAUCCCCGAGACGCCCGUCGACGCAGACGCUCCAGUGCACCCUCCCGUGUCGGAGACUCACCCCUAUGAAAACCAGGACCCCAAGAAAAUGCCUGCGGAUAUAGGAUACACCUGUAAGAUGGUGGGCGGGGUCAUGCAUGUUUACACAAAGAAGAGCCCAAUGGACAAGAGUACAGAGUUGGACCUCCCAUACCCAGACCUGAAGGAGUAUAUAGCAGACAUGAACGUCAUGAUGGCCCUCAUCAUCAACGGACCAGUGAAGUCAUUCUGCUACCGCCGGCUUCAGUACCUGAGCUCCAAGUUCCAGAUGCACAUUCUGCUAAAUGAGAUGAAGGAGCUGGCAGCCCAGAAGAAGGUUCCUCACCGGGACUUCUACAACAUCCGCAAGGUGGAUACUCACAUCCAUGCAUCGUCUUGUAUGAACCAGAAGCACCUGCUGCGCUUCAUCAAGCGGGCCAUGAAGAAGUACCCUGGGGAGAUUGUCCACAUGGAGCGAGGCCAGGGACAGACACUAAUGGAGGUGUUUGAGAGCAUGAACCUGACCGCUUUUGACCUGAGCGUGGACACACUGGACAUGCAUGCGGACCGCAACACCUUCCAUCGCUUUGACAAGUUCAACGCAAAAUAUAACCCCAUCGGAGAGUCCAUCUUGAGAGAGAUCUUCAUCAAGACAGACAACCAUAUUGAGGGCAAAUACUUUGGCCACAUUAUCAAGGAGGUGAUGUUUGACCUGGAGGAGAGUAAGUACCAGAACGUGGAGCUGCGUCUGUCCAUCUAUGGCCGCUCCCGGGAUGAGUGGGACAAGCUGGCCCACUGGGCCGUCAAACACCAGGUCUACUCGGACAACGUUCGCUGGCUCAUCCAAGUGCCUCGUCUCUUUGAUGUGUACCGAACCAAGAAGCAGUUGGCUAACUUCCAGGAGAUGCUGGAGAACAUCUUCAUGCCCCUGUUUGAAGCCACCAUCAACCCCCGCAGCCACCCUGAGCUGCACCUCUUCCUGCAGCAUGUGGUGGGCUUUGACAGUGUGGAUGACGAGUCCAAGCCAGAGCACCACAUCUUCAACAUGGACAGUCCCCUGCCAGAUUGCUGGACGGAGGAGGACAACCCUCCCUACUCUUACUACCUCUACUACACCUAUGCCAACAUGACCGUACUCAACCAUCUGCGCAGGAGGUGUGGUUUUCACACGUUUGUGCUGCGUCCUCACUGCGGGGAGGCGGGGCCUGUCCAUCACCUGGUUUCGGGGUAUAUGCUGUCAGAGAACAUCUCCCACGGGCUGCUCCUCAGAAAGGCCCCAGUUCUGCAGUACCUGUACUACCUGGCGCAGAUUGGAAUAGCCAUGUCCCCGCUGAGCAACAACAGCCUGUUCCUCAGCUACCACCGCAACCCCCUGCCGGAGUACCUGUCCAGAGGCCUCAUGAUCUCCUUGUCCACUGACGACCCCCUGCAGUUCCACUUCACCAAGGAGCCCCUGAUGGAAGAGUACAGCAUCGCCACUCAGGUGUGGAAGCUGAGCUCCUGUGACAUGUGUGAGUUGGCCCGGAACAGUGUCCUGAUGAGCGGCUUCUCCCACAAGGCAAAGAGCUACUGGCUGGGGCCAAAAUACAGCAAAGAGGGCCCUGAAAGCAACGACAUCCGUCGCACCAAUGUCCCAGACAUCCGCGUGGCGUACCGCAGCGAGACCCUGCUGGAGGAGCUCCACCUCAUCACCCACGCUGUCCGCGCCAAGGACUUGGACAACAUCGACGAGGAGGACUCCCUCUCCAUGGCCCCUGUCGGGGCUGAAGGACACUAAAUGACACCCCCUCUGCUCGGCCUGUCCAGCAGGACACUCGGGGUGGUGAGAGGACUCCAGCUCGUUGUUCACCCCCUACCUCCUACCUCUCACAUCGCCCUUCCGCUAGGGAGCUGGUCUUUACACGACACCUAAAGACAGAGAUACAAUGGUCCCAGAGGGUCCCAUCUCCCUGGGAAAGAGAUGGACUCCUGGUCUCCGGUUCUGGUUUGCGCUCCCUGGGUUUGUUCCACUCUGUUCUUUUCUCUCUUUUCUUUCUUGUUUUGUGCUUGCUUGGAUAGGGCUUAUGUUAUUGAGUCUGGCCAGGGGUGUCAGGGACAACCUCCCAUGGGAGGAGAGAGACUGUAGCCUGGAAUAUUUUAAUACUUUAAUUUUCUGACCCUCCAUACCUUUUAACCCAAACACCCUUUGUUGUGAAACAAAGGUCCCACAGUUCAGCUUGUGGUUUGAUGGCAUGUUUGUGCCCAUGAUCAUUGUUUUACACACAUACAUGCACACACUGCAGAGAAAGGACCAAAUCAAAGUUGUUUGGAGUGGGAGUCUGCACGCUGUGGGGAAUCUGGCAGCUGUCAUGGCUCUGUUUCAGGCAGUUUCUAGUGACUCGUUUAGCUAAAGGUGUCCCAUCGUUUGGUGUCCCUGAUGAGCUGUCUGAAUUCAGCAGCAGGAUGAUAGUCCAGCAGACACACAAGGACAGGACAUGGAUCCCAGUCGGCUACUGUAGACAUUCCAAUAAAUGAACAUCAAUGUAGAAAGAUACACAGCUUUUAUAUUUAAAAAUCACAUGAAUGAAUCACAUUCUUUAUAGAAUAUGCAGGCAAAAUAAUUGAUUUAUUAUUUCGGUAUAGACACAUUAUGUACAGUGUAAAUCGGAUAUAACUAGAAGUAUUCACCCGAAUUGGAUUUAUUUUUUAUUUUAUUGGAUAGAAAUUGAUUUAUAUUUUUCUUUGUCAUUGAUCUCCCCAUAAUACUCAAAUCAGUGUGAAUGGAAAGUAAAACACUAAUAUCCCUAGAUUAGAUACAUACUCACUCACCUGAGUCAAUACAUGUGAGAAACACCCUUGGGUGCGAUUACAUCUGUGAGUUUAUCAUCUUAGGUAAAUCUCCAAGCUUUGCAUGCCUAGAUUUUGCAAUAUCUCAGGUUUUGGAGAUCAAGGCAUUUUCAGGACUUGCCAUGGAUGUUCAAGGAGAUUUAUGCAAAAACUACUGGGGAAGGUUUUACUGUCUUCUUGGUAAGCCAUUGCUAUCCAUAUUUGGUCAUAUGUGAUUAGCUAUUGUGCUGCCGAAAUGCAAAUUGCUCCCCCAGUGUCUGAUGAAGUACAGACUGAAAGUUUUCAUGCUGCAUUAUUAUUACGUUGACCUAGCUUUGACCUAGCUUUUAAUAUUCAAUGUGGGAUUUGUUUUUGGGAUCCAUCUACCAAUCAGUGCAGGUUGUUAGGUCUGGAGUUAAAUUGGAGUUAACUUUAGGUGGUGUAGGUACGGGACAGAGGAUUACUUAAACUACUUUAUAGUUAUUCAGGAUUUAUUCAAUUGCAUUACAUUUCAGCAUUAUUAAAUAUUUUGCGUAAAUGAGUCACAGCAAAGCUGUCCGUUUUGUAACUAAUUUCAAAGGGGUGAAUACUGAAUAUACAGUAGCCACAGUAUAUAGAGGUUGGAUUCUGAGAAGUGUCUAUGAUGGAGCUGUCCAACCACAGCUUGUAAGCACAAGUUCAGAAGUAUAGGUACAGCAUACCAUGUCCUUGGAAAUUGACCCGUUUGUGUAGCUGUCGUCCACCACUCAAUAGAGACCGACAGACCUUGGGGGAACAGCCAGGAUUUGUUGGUUAGCCUAUGUUGGUUAGCCUGUGUUGGUUAGCCUGUGUUGGUUGUUAUUUCAUUGCAUGCAGUGCUCUGUCUGCACAGAGCCAUUACUUACUGGUGCCUUUUGUCCAUUAGGCACUGCUAGCCUUUCAUUGUCCAUUAUGUUGCUUAGCUAUGAGGCCACAGUCCUAAUCAACAAAUCUGUUCUCUUCAUGCUUCAGCAUUUUUGCUCUUCUAAUAUUAAACUAUAUCGUAUUAAACUAGGCUGCAUGCUAUGCAUAAAGUACCUUAUUCUUUACUUAGCCAGGCCUUCAAAUGAAGUGAAAAAGCCAUUAACCAAUGCUCUGUUUUGAGUACAUUUCCACCACCAUCUUAUAUUGUGCAUGCCUGCAUGGAGCCCUAUGAGGUCCCAGGAGUCACUGAGAAGCUCUUAAAAGAAAGCUGUAAUGUGUAUAAUCAUAUGAAGUAUGUGUGCUGUCAAUAACUGCUGUUAAUUUGAGUUCUUUAAAACAAACUCAAAUGAAUCCUCAAUCCUAAGCCAAUGUUGAAACAAUUUUAUGGUCUUCAUCACAGUCAGUGAGCUCACCCCACCAUGGCUGUGCUCACCAAAACAGAUGAGGUGAUGUAAACGCUCAUCCCCAUGUCCUGUCUCCAAAGGGCCUUCUCCUCAUCGGACAUCUUCCAUUCAAAUGGUUGGAAUCCAUAGAGGAUCUUGAUAUUACUCUUCUAAUUGUACAGACCUGUCGAUGACAAAACAAUGUUCGACAAUGUUCUCCAUGCGUUGCAUAUCACUGCAACCAGACCAUUUUCAAAACAAAACCUUCAACAGGACAGAAGCCUGAUAUACAGUAAAUGUUUGAGAAACAAGAUCAUUUAGGGGUCAUUACAUUUGAUUUUGAUCUGCACCCCUUCUGAUUUUAACAAUUUUUUAUAUAAAGUUCUACCCAUAGUAGGAGUGGUCAGAAAGUAGCUUAAUUAAACUAAAUGCUAAAACAGCUCAAAGUUUACUCCUUUUCAUUCCGUACACAACCAUGAUGAACAGCUUGUAAGGCUUACAAACAGGGAUUUCUAGGAUUUCUUUUUCUAUAUUUUUGUUAACGUUGAUUAAAUAAGGCAUACACUUUAUUCAUGUUGUAGCUUAGACCAGGGCUUCCCAUUUGGCAUUGUGAAAAGUAAUGUAAAUUCCUUAUAAUACCAUUCCAUUAACAAUUCCAACUGGGAAUACCUUUUACAGCAUUGGACAACUGGUAGGGAACCACUGACUUGAGGUUUUUGUGUUGUAACAGUUGGUUGAGAUAUACUGUAGCUAUACUCUUGAAUACAGGUAUCGGUGUUGAGACUUACAGUUGGAACUGUAUGGUUCUAUCUUCGCAAAGCAUAGUGAUGAGAUAUUGAACAACAAACAUUUACCAGAUAGCAAAACAGUUUUCUAGUGAAUUCUUUCAUAAUCCAAAAGUGCAGACCUUAACUAAAGUGCAGACCUUACAGUCAAUUUGUUUAGGGAUACAAUCACAGACAUCUUUAUGGUCCUGAAAUAUCAGCAUGUUCCAAAUUUCUGUUGGGACAGAAUAUUACAAUUAGGGUAGAAAUAUUUAUUGAUAAUGUCAUGAUUAAAUGAAGAUAAUACCUUUCUCUCUUAUCACAACCUAAUAUAUAAUUUUCAUGUUCAGUAUUUUUUUUAAGCAAUGGUUCACAAAAAAUGUAUUUAGUUAUUUUUGUCCAAUAUUUCUGUACUAUUUUGCUAUGUUUUUCUCAUUUUACCUAAAUGUCAGAUUAAACUACUCCCAAGGCCACUACAAAUACCUGUUUGGCAAAAUGAGCCAACAAUAUUUGUCAUUCUAAAAUGUUCUUAAAAGUUACCUGCUGACCAUUUCUACUAUUGGCCAACAUGUAUGGAAGGUUUUCAACUCAAAGGGGUUGUGGUUAAAGAUGAUUGAAGCCAAAUGGAACAACCCUUAGGGCAAGUUGUGUGCCUGAUUCUCACUCCUGGGAGGUUGUUCUAUUGCUCUGUAGCAGUGAGGUUUUUCACUGUGAAGGAGUGGUGUGUACUGAACACAGAGUUGUAAGUUGGAUUUAAUAUAAAGUGUAUUUUUCUAAAGGCUAUAGAGAUAAAUAGUUUGUAUAAACAAUAUAUCUAAAUCGCAAACUUCAGUUGAGUUCCUGUAAAUCUUUGUAAACUGUCGUUAUUAAAGCAGAAAGAUUUAUUUUACUAUAAUGAUUACGCAUUACUGGCCUUGUCCUUCACCAGAGUUUUACAAUUGAG